UAUGUACGAAGCUCAUAUAAAAAUUGGUCAUGGAGGGCGAACCAGAAUGAUGAACGAAUUGCAGAACAAAUUCAAAAAUAUAACAUAUGAAGUUGUUAUGUUAUUUUUAAGUUUAUGUGUUCAAUGCCAAACCAAACAAAAAGUUCCGAAAAAAGGUAUUGUAGUCAAACCUAUUAUAAGUCGUGAACUUAAUUCCCGGUGUCAAGUAGACUUGGUAGAUAUGCAAACUUUCAAAGAUGGUGAAUUUAAAUUUAUAUUAAAUUAUCAGGAUCACCUAACCAAAUGUAUUCAAUUAAGACCUCUAAAAUCUAAAACUGCAGAAGAAGUUGCACAUCACCUAUUAAAUAUAUUUCUUAUUUUCGGUGCGCCAAAUAUUUUACAUUCCGACAAUGGACGAGAGUUUGUAAAUAAAAUUAUAUCAGAGCUGUGUUCAAUGUGGGAUGGUGUGAAAAUUGUGCAUGGUAAACCACGCCACAGCCAAACACAAGGAUCUAUCGAAAGGGCAAACCAAGAUUUCCAAAAUAUACUGAGAGCUAUGAUGGAAGAUAAUGACACUAAAAAAUGGUCAGAAGCAUUACCAUUUGUCCAAUUUGUGAAAAAUACGACGUAUCAUCAAGGUAUUAAGCAAACGCCAUACGAAGCUAUGUUUGGCACUAAAGCACAAAGAGGUCUUUUAACAUCUUCUCUUCCACGAGAACAAAUAGAAAAACUAGCAACAGAAGAGGAGUUAGAACAAAUACUUCAGUCUAUAAGUGCGUGUUCCAGAUAUCGAUCGAGGACGUAUGGAUUACCAAAAUAUCUUGGCUGUUGUAAUGGACGUUGA